AUGGAGUUCAAAGACGCUCCUCCUGGGGCUCCGAUGCUCACCACGAUCGGAGAGGGGUUCCACGUCUUUGGUCGGCGUACUGUUGCCAAAGUGUGGAAUUCGAUGAAAAAAGAAUUCUCAGAUGAAGGGCGAGCGCUUUCGUGGUGUUCGAGCUACCUUCCAGUUCUUGCAAAGUUCUCAUCGCCAGACACCGCUCGUGAUCUACAUUUCCUUGCCAUCAAGAUGCGGACGAAGAGCAUGCAAAUCCUGAAAGACCGAAUUGAGAACCUCUCGCUUGAUACUCCGCCCGAUAUGUCGUUGAUCUCGCAAAUUGUUUCACUCUUUCGAGCAGCAUGCAAAGAGAAUGACAUUCCCGCGGCGAAGGUCCAUGCGAGCAUCAUACAACGCCUGGUCGACAGGGUCGAAACCUCGGAUCUCCAUAUCCGGACACUGUUCAUGACCUGCAUGAACAACGACACGGAACUGGCCAUCGCCCAAAUGCGGAACACGUUCUUCGACUUUGAGAACUGGGUCCAGAGGCAGAUUGCUAGAUUGUGGGUGGAAACGCCUGAGACGCACAUGCCCAAGUUGCCGGGGGAAUACAAAGCAUUUCAUGAUAGCGUUCAACUGCGUGCCACUCGCCAAGCGGCCAUCAGGCUCCGUUUAUACUUAUCCGUCCGGUCAACGACCGUCAAUCUCAAUGAUCCCGAAGACCUUGACCGUACGGAUGCGGUCUUCACGAUCUUCACAACGUAUUCUCAAUACGACUCUGGGGCGUUAAUCAAUGUCUACAUCAAUCUUGUUGCAGGCAAGGGCUAUGAAAUCAUGACGGAGUCUUUGCGCUAUAUCGAGGCAUCACUAGCUCUUACAACAUUGCACAUACUGCGGCGAGGGAUCUUUGAAGCCACUAUCUAUGGAUGUGACCAUCGCACCAGCCACCAUAUGAUUACGAUCAAUCACCUGGAGGGGACGAUGAAAAAUGCGUUGGACCUAGCAACGGCAGAUGAAUUAGCCCAGUAUCGCGAGGCGCUAUUGUGGAUAUUCUUCUAUGGAGCGAGAUUCGAAUGGCGUGUGAAUCAAACGAUCAAAGGCAUCACCCCGCUAAGGACAUGGUUCACUAAGGGAUUCGUCCGACAGGCAGAGAUCCUGGAACUGACCGACUGGCCUCAAGCCCGAGAAAUUCUCAACCAGUUCGUGUUUUAUGAGUUUCUGGAGCCUUGCCUGACCGCGUGGUUCGCAGAGACUCUGGCCGGCAUUGAGCAACCUCAAUGA